GUGACGCAAAGGAAAACCCCAUGGAGGAAGCAGGAAGUUCGCCCACGAAGAAAGAAGUGAACUGAUAAACAGUACACAAAGAAGCUAAAGACGCAAACAAACUUACACGUAUUUAUCGCAAUGGCCGGCAUUAAAGCACUGGUUGGUCUGUCCUUCAGUGGUGCUAUUGGCCUCACCUUUCUUCUGCUGGGCUGUGCACUGGAACAGUAUGGGGUGUACUGGCCAUUGUUUGUCCUGAUUUUCUACGUAUUAAGCCCCAUCCCAACCUUCAUAGCUCGGCGCCUCAGUGAUGACACGGACUCUUCCAGCAAUGCAUGUAGAGAGCUGGCCUACUUCUUAACAACUGGCAUUGUCGUAUCAGCAUUUGGGCUUCCCAUUAUUCUGGCUCGCAAAAGUGCAAUCGCGUGGGGAGCCUGCGGUCUGGUGAUGACAGGAAAUGCUGUCAUCUUCCUCACCAUCCUUGGCUUUUUUGUUGUGUUCGGAGGUGGGGACGACUUCAGCUGGGAGCAGUGGUAGAGUGCCGUCGGACAGCAGACAGACAAAAAGAACAGAUGAUGAAUGGAUGGGUGGGUGGGUGGGUAGGUGGAUAGAUGAAUGGAUCUUUUGCAGACUGAGGGGGUUAGUGUGUCCUGCACUAAGUGGGGGAUGAUGUCCAUGUAGAAGCAUCAAAAAAUCCAAAUUUCUGAUUGUGUUUUAAUGUUGAUAUCAGUUCUAGGGAGCAUCAGGAUCGUAUACUACCUUAUGUGCCCUAUUAAAGUGCCUUGAGUGUGGGACCAGAGACACUAAUAAUGCCUAAACCCCUCUUAUGCUGCAAUACCAUCGCUAUCACCUAUUAUCACCUUUACCCAUGUAUUUUUAGCUUGUGUUGCCUUUGUUCCAACCCCCAAAUCACUCUCCUCAUUGCCACUCAUGGCUAUUCCAUUACGUCUCAGUUAAUCAGCAUCAUAAAGGGAUCCUAAAGAGUAACUCUAUUGUAAUAUGCAUCGCAAUGCUCAUCUGUCCUUAUCGUUCAAGGUAGGAAUGGUUUUACCCAACUAUGGCUCGCUUCUUUUUAGCACUGCUGCUGUAAAAAUCAUUAUGGCAGGGCAAGUUAUCUUAAUCCCUGCUCUCUCACAGCUAGCUCUAGGUACCUAAUCAGGUAUGGACAUGCUAUAUUUAUGUAGAUGUGUUGUGUUUUUUAGUUUUCAUUUUGAAGCGUGACUUUAAAGCCUUACUUUUUGUUCUGGUGCAAUUGUUUACAUUCUCACCAAAGAUCAAUUCAGACUGCAAAAUUUGACAAGAUCCACCACUGAAGUGUGGGUUUUGACCUGUGCUGCGCAGCACUGUGAUCCGUAAAAAACUCUCCCAAGGCUUGAGAAAAAGUUCUCUUUAGUGAAUAUUGUUCAUCAAAGGAUAUAUGUUCAGUUAUUGUGCGAACAGUCUAAACAUAAUACCCACUGUCCUUUUUAUAUUCCUGCAGAUGACACAGAAUAUCAUAAUACUGACAAAAACAUGUUUUGAAUUUGUGUGUUAUAUUUUUAUGUAUUAAAUAAAAAAUACAUACAUGCAUAUUUUAAGCCAUUUAACUUCGCAAGUGCCUGUCACACAUGGUGAAUAUUUUUGAUGGAAAGGAAGAAAAAAUUCUGUUCAAGAUUUUAAUAAGUUUUGUGUUUCACAAUCAGGGGCCGUGAAAGUCUGGAACUGUAAAUCAAUUUUACAUCCUUCUGUUCAGUUUGACUACUGUCAUUAGGUGGCUCUCUAUGAGCUUCGUUUGUUGAGCCCACUUCAUCAAGACCAUCAGAAAUGUUUUGACAAUGUAGUUUCAAGUAACACACUGUAUAUUAAGUGCUUUCUUUGGUUCCCGAUUCACAAUAGCUUUACAUGGGAUCUGUUAUUCUGUUUGUCACACUAUUGCAUUUUCAAUAUUCCCUCAAAACACUAAAGAGUGCCUGAGAGCGCUCAAAUGUUAUUUUAUUAAAGCUCCUGACUGCAUUUUGUUUUCUAACAAUUAAAACUGUAUA